AUCGUAUUCGUAGUGACUAGUGCGCAUGGCCAUAACAUAAAUCCAUAAAAGUUAUAAAACUCAGCUCAAAACUCCGACAAGUGCACCAACUAUAAAAAUCUGAUUUUUCACAAGAACAAAAUGAGGAAGCUUCUUUCUAUCAACCAUAAAUUCUUCUCUGAAAAACUUUCCAAAUCUUUCUCAACUCCACGCCCCACUCCCACCAAUUCUCACUCCAUCAAACAUUUCCAUUCUCUCUCCAAAACCACAACUCAUCACAUUCCUAACCCUUCCUCUCUUCUCUCUCCUCAUCAUCAAUGGCGGUCGUCCGCCAUUACUGGGUUCCUCUCAAACUCCGUGCUCUCCAAACACUUUGUUUCUUCUUCCCACUUCAACCGUCCAUUCAAAACCUUUCUGGGUUCCAGAAUUGGGUUUACAACUACUCGUUUUGCCAACAUUAAAGGAUCUUGGUCGUCAAAUCAACGGCGUCGAUGGAGCUCAUGGUCCCGAGGAGGAUAUUCAGCUGAUAAUGUAGUUUAUGGACUAAUCUUUGCCAAUGCGGCUGUAUUUUUACUGUGGCGAAUUUUACCUCGGGAGUUUAUGUAUAAAAACUUUACAAUUUCAGUGGACAACUUCAAAAGUGGACGCAUACACACGCUGCUAACUUCUGCAUUCAGCCACAUAGACAUUGAACAUAUUGGAUCCAAUAUGAUUGGUCUCUACUUCUUUGGCAGUAGUAUUGGAAAUGUAUUUGGAGCAGAGUAUUUGCUGAAGCUGUAUGUUGCUGGGGCUGUCGUUGGCUCCAUAUUCUAUUUGGUUCACCAUGCCUAUCUAGCUAAUACAUCUAAGAGACCAGGAACCUUCAGCUGGAAUCCAUAUAAAACGCCAGGACUGGGUGCAAGUGGAGCAGUCAAUGCCAUAUUGCUUCUUGAUAUAUUCCUCUUUCCGAGAAAGACGCUCAUGUUUGACUUUUUCAUUCCAGUCCCUGCCAUAUUACUGGGAAUCUUUCUAGUCGGAAAGGAUCUCAUGCGGAUUUUAGAGGGAGACCAACAAAUAUCUGGAUCGGCUCACCUCGGUGGUGCUACAGUUGCAGCUUUAGCAUGGCUACAACUAAGGAGAAGACUCCGUUUCUAAGCAUUGGGGUUCUUGAUUUUAAUUAGGGGGUUUGCUCGAUGUUUGUAAUUGCUGGUGUACUGGUUUCCUACGUUGCUUUUUGGUGUCACUGGGUAGGUUUAUAAUCGAAUUUGUGAUAAAAGACCCUCCAACUAAAACUUUCUUACCAAGUUCUUGGUUUUUACUGUGUUUUGGAGUAGGGGUAGACCAUAUGUGGGGCAAUUAUCAUUUAUCAGAUAGGUAAUUUAACUUAACAUUCAUCUGCCACAUUUGGUAUUUAAUUUAGCAAUGGCGACAUGUAGCUGUUGAACUUGCCUCGA